CAGUAUGUCUCUGCCGAGGAGCUCUGUGACCAACUGUGUUUGCUGAGAGCCCCCCAGAUCUCCUUGGGAUUUGGCAUCAAUAGAGAGCUGCUUCUGAGGAUGAAUGAACGAGAAGUGAGGGAAGUGGCAAAUGUUCUGGGCCCGGAUGAACAUGUGCAGAAAAGCCAGCGGGUGCAUUUUGUCCUGUUUAGUCCCGGCGGAGUGCUAGGUUUCAUUGUCUCCAGCACAGAUGUUCUGGAUGCAUUUCUCACAGGAGAUUUUAUAUUAGAUCCGGUGCUGCAGAAAGGUCAUCGAGUUCAGAGGACUUCCUCCAAAGAUAUCCACGCCUUGCCGCUUGUUCCUAACCCAGUUGCAUGUUUGGAAGCAGGAGACACGAUCCUUUUCCAGCUUAGCAUCAAUUCCCACAAUCGUGUAUCCAGCCAUUACCCUGUUUAUCAGAAGCAGCAUCUAUAUAACAGCAACCCACGCUGGGAUUUUGGACCCUUCCGAAGGCUAGACCACCUCAUCCAGGAGACUCACCUCAACAUCUCCUGCGGUCCUCUUUGUUCUGGGCUUCCUAAUUGUGGUGCUGACAACCCUGGCUAUAGUGCUUCAGCCUGCUGUCCCCAUCAUUAGUCCCCUGAAGAGCUGGAAGCCACGAUGGAGGAGCCUGGGUGAGCCACACAUCCCACCAGAGUACAUUCUCCUUAAAGACAGCCUUCAGUUCUAUCAGACAGUUGGUCCUCGUGGCUCUGGAGAAGACACUGGCUUUGGAGAGAAAGGAGCUGUGCAUAAUGCAGAAAAUGGUUUUGCGCUGAGGGUUCUGGAGGAUUUCAGUGUUCGCACCCUGUAUGAUAAGCUGGAAGAUCAGAAUUUGCACCUGGCAUCUCAGCUGGCAAAGCACAGGAUGGAUGUGUUGGUGUUUUACAACGGAAUCAGCCAGCAGAUACAAAGUCUCAUGGUCAGUGUGAAGGAACAAUUGAGGGAAGGGAGUCUUGGAACGGUGAAAUUUGACAUGGCACAAGCGCUGGACUCCGAGGGCCUGAAAGUCUUUGCCAGGCAAGGGAUUUGUGGGCAUAGACCUGCAGAGAGCGGCUGGGCAGCAGUGGGGGUUGAACAAUGUGAUGAGCACUGUAGCAACAACUUCGAAGCAGGUGCUCCAUGGCAAGAGGCAACGGAGUUAAUGAAAGCUCUGGAAAUGUUGCUUGGGAACGCUCUGUACAAGAAAGUAGCUGUGAAGCGAGAGAUGGAGCAGAAGGUCCGGGGACAGGAUGCUGUGGCAGUUGUACCCUCACUGGAGAGCCUGGCCAGUGAAAGUAAAUCAGAAAUAGUUGAAGGGCAGGAUCAUGAGCUGCCUCAGCAACGUGAGCUCUUCGGUAGGAAAGGUGCUUUUUUCAGCUUCCCUGGACGUGAAGAACAUGGUUUAGAUCUCCAGUUGGAUUAUCUGACUGAGCUGGAGGACCUGAUAGCAGCUUCCCCCCUUGCUAAGACUCCAUGUGAGAUGAAGCAAGCUUUGGUGAACCUGCAGCAACAUUCAGACCUUGUUAAUCCAGACAACAAACAUCAAACAAGUGUGGGGAGCUCAGCCCUCUUCUGAGCUGCUGGGCCACAACGAGGGAUGAAGUUCUGCUGCUGGAAAUAAAGAGGAACUGCAUUGCUCAGAGGAUUUAAGACUGAACUAUUUCAUCUUCUUCGAAGUAAAAUAGCUACCAGCUCAUUUCCUUGAGAAACCCGGCUUAUCCUUGGCAAUGGCUGAAGGCGGAUUAUGGGAGAGUGUCUGCAGACAGAGCUGCAGUACCUGAAGUAUCAGGAUAGAUAUGUAUUUAGUUAGAGGUGAACUUGGUCAAACACGUGAUGAAUAAUCUAUGUCCUGUUUGCUUAACCUGGUUGAAAUACUUUCACACUUGCCUUGGAUUAUCAAUAAUUUGUAGGCUUGAAAAGGAAGCUGAGGUUCUUAACAUUGCUCAGUAAUUUUAUAGUUUUCAUUAAGUCAAUAAAGCAGAAAAUGUGUGAGGCCACAGGUGGCGGAAGAGCCCCUACUUAUCAAUGCAUUCUGUAUAGCUUUUACGAUCUCUGAUAUGAAGGAUAUUUGUGAGGGUUUUUCAAGUAUAGUUUAGAGCCCUACUUCUAACCCUUGCCCAGCAUCUCUACAUUGCCUGUGCAUGUUCUCAGUAUAGUUAUGUUGAUCUCAGUAAGGUCUGCUGGCGGACACCUUGAAGGUCUCCAGAGAUGGGAUAUUUUUUUUUUUAGCAAAGAGCACACUUAAACUGGUCCUUGUGGUGGUGACUGUAGGGAUCGCUGUAGCUGCUGGUGUUCAGUGGUCUGGGAGCCUUAUAUUAAACUGAAAAUAUCCUUCCUAUCAUUCUUAUUCUUUUGGCCUGCCUGUGUGAUGCCAAGAGAGCCCGGCUGUGAAGUGGGCUUUGCUUCCAUGGAACAGGAGCAGAAUCAGAACACCUGCCCCAUCUCUUUCUGUGCAAUAUUCCUUAGCUCCAGGUGAAGUACAGCAGUGUAAAAUUUCUUGACUGUGAGGCCACACAGUACCUUGGCAACCCCCACAGGUAGGCUUCAGCCAACUGUUUCCGACAGCAAAGCCUAUUUUCUUCUCAUUGCAAUAUUUACUGAAUUGCUUAUGUGUGAAGAUGUUUUUGAAGCCACUCCUUCCUGCUUCCUAGACACAAAUCUGUGUUUACCUCUGCCUUUGCAUAACCAUAGCGGGUAGUAGAGAGGGCAAGACUUCAGUGCGCAGGAGCCAAGACAGAAAUUCUCAGUGUUGCUUCCGCUAACUGGUGUCUCCGGUGGAUCCAGAGGAACUGCAAGGUCUUUUGCCCUCAUCUACUCAUUUUGGUGCUUCCACAUUUUCUGAGCUUGCUUCCAAAACCAAAAGGUCUGUUUUGGUUUCUUUGCAACCGCAACCUGGGAGAAUUUCGGUACUUACUGAUGCUUUGAAGGGACCUCCAGAAAAUGGGAAGAUUUUAGGAAGCAGCACAGACCCACAGGCAAACACUACAAAACACCUGUAGCUCACUCUCUGUGAUUGCCUGUUCUAGAAUACAGUAGUGAAAAAACUGUCAUUGCUCUCCUUAUUGCUUUCUUCUUUAGGUUAUCAGCAGAUAUGUUUAUAACAGUACUGCAUAGAGGUAAGCAUCUUCAGUGAUUGCUGCCUCUAAUAUCCACAGGGAAACAUAGUACCCAGACAGGUGAUAAAGUUAUCUCAAUGACUUACGGUUCCAGGUUAUAUUUGUAAAAGACAGGGUGGGAAGGCAGUAGUAAAUAAAAGUUGUUACGUUUUUCAUUGUAAAAAUUAUCCAGUGAAAACAAUUUUUUGUUUUAUAUCAAAACAAAGAUACGCAUAUGGAAUUUUGCUAGAAGUUUUGUUUUCCCCACAGUGGUUUUCUUAACAAGUACUCUUCAGUUAUAGGUAAACAUUUCUGAGUUUCAAAAUGUUUUGGAUCUUUUUUUCCCCCGCAAAACCAAAGCAUAUCAAUGAAAAGACCAGAGUUUCACACAGUAUUUCUUUUCCUGCUCUGUUAAUGGUUCCUUGG